GAAAGGUCGCGCAGAGCGGAAGUUGACAGUUAGCAUACGCUAGCUCCAGUGAGUGUGUGUGUGUGUGUGUGUGUGUGUGUGCGCGCGCUCAGGUGAGAAGAUGUUACCUUUAUCGAUUAAAGACGACGAGUACAAACCUGCGAAGUUCAACCUGCUGCUCAAACUGUCCGGAUGGUUCAGGUCGAUCCUCGCGGAUAAAACCUCCCGGAACCUGUUCUUCUUCCUCUGCCUCAACCUCUCCUUCGCCUUCGUGGAGCUCACCUACGGGAUCUGGAGCAACAGUCUAGGUCUGAUCUCAGACUCCUUCCACAUGUUCUUUGACUGCACUGCUCUGCUGGCAGGUCUGGCAGCCUCCGUUAUCUCCAGGUGGAGAUCCAACGACAGCUUCUCCUACGGUUAUGUCAGAGCGGAGGUUCUGGCCGGCUUCGUCAACGGACUCUUCCUCAUCUUCACAGCCUUCUUCAUCUUCUCUGAAGGAGUCGAGAGAGCUCUGGAGCCUCCUGACGUUCACCACGAGCGGCUACUUCCUGUCUCUGUGGCCGGGCUGCUCGUCAACCUGGUUGGGAUCUUUGUUUUCCAGCAUGGAGGCCACGGACACUCACAUGGAGAGGAAGGUCAUGGUCACAGCCAUUCUCUGUUUAAUGGCAGUCUUAAUCACGGACACAGUCAUGGCGGACACGACCACCAUAACAAACAUUCAGACAGACACGAUGGACACGGACACAGUCACGAUGGACACGGACACAGUCACGAUGGACACGGACACGGACACAGUCACGAUGGACACGGACACAGUCACGGUGGACACGACGAGCUGCACUGUCACGACGAGCUGCUGCACACUCCGGGGAAAGGUUCCAGUAAACAGAUCCUGCAGGGCGUCCUGCUGCACAUCAUCGCUGACACUCUGGGCAGUGUGGGUGUGAUCAUCUCCGCUCUGCUGAUGCAGAAAUACGACCUGAUGAUCGCUGAUCCAAUCUGCUCCAUGCUGAUCUCCCUCCUCAUCGGAGUCAGCGUGGUGCCCUUACUGAGAGAGUCUAUCGGGAUCUUGAUGCAGAGAACUCCUCCGUCACUGGACCAGGCCCUGCCAGAGUGUUAUCAGAGGGUGCAGCAGCUGCAGGGAGUCUACAACCUGCAGGACCCUCACUUCUGGACCCUGUGUACUGACGUUUACAUCGGAACACUAAAGCUUCUGGUUGCCCCCGACGCAGACACCCGCUGGAUCCUCAGCCAGACCCAUAACAUCUUCACGCAGGCGGGAGUUCGUCAGCUGUACGUUCAGAUCGAAACGGCUGCGAUGUAGAAGCUCCUCCCCUUCUGAACUCCUGGGACCAAUCACCCUCAGUCUGCUGCUGUAGGUGACCUCUGACCCCCCCAAGUCACUGAAGGUCGCACUCAGACCAGAGAGAGAGGGGGGGGGAGGGGGGGGGAGUAAGAACUUGACUGAUCUCCCAUGAUGCUCCAGUCCAACACAUCCUGGAUGAACUCAAACUGCCCACCCCCCCUCCCUUUUUUUUAAGUCUUGCCUGUCUGUGGCAGUGGACCCCCCCCCGGCUGCACUUUGUAGACUGGAGCAAAGCAUUCUGGGUAAGUGCCUUCAUCAUGAAUCAGAGACAAUCUGAGCCCGCUUCCUGCCCCUCCCCCUUCCUCCGCUGUGACAUCACCGCUGACCAGACAGCUGCCAGCUGAUUGGGCCGUGGUGUGCGAGUGUGUGAUGUCACGUUGUGUUUUUAACGUGCCAAACCAUGUGACCAAACCAUGUGACCAAACCAUGUGACCAGCCGGUGGGUUUCAGUCUUUUCAACUGUAAUAAAUAAUUCUGUUUCUCUGA